AUGUAUGGAAGAAAUACGAGUGUAAAACAAACAAAGAGGCCGAGAUCUCGGUCUUUAAAAAGUGAUGGAAGCCAGAGUUCAAUUACGCGUUCUCUCAUCGGUAGAGAUUCUCCUCCUUCAUAUUUAAAGUGGAGUUCUGAAAAUUAUAGAUCUCAAAGUAGUUCUCCGAUAUCAAUGCAGUCUGGCAAUCGCACUCCUUUAAGUUCAGACGAUGAAAGUUUAUACCCUUAUGCUGGUGCUAAAUUUAGUAGUCCACCAGCAGCUUGUGUUUUGCCAAUGCCACCAAUGAGUUGGUUGGUAUCUUCUCAGUUAGAGCAAGUUGCUCUUCAUGCUAUGACUUCUCAUUUACGGCAAAUUCUUAAAGUAUCUGGUUAA